UGCAGUAGAGUAGCUACUGUAUCCUUGUACAGAGUCUGUAUGUGCAGGCUAUGACCUACCUCUACUCAUGGUGUCUCAUUUUCAACGCGGAUUGUCGCAGGUCUCAUGGUUGGACAUGGGUCUGAACAAGACACAGAGAUACCAGCUGAGGCUUGUACAGCGUCUCCCCUGAUCGAUGCAGAUCCCCUCUUCUUAGAGCACGCUAGAUCAUGUCAUAUCAUGUUGGUGUCCAGACAGCUCCUGAGCUAGCAUUCAGUUCUCAAGAGUGAACUGAGCGGUGGAGACAUUAGAACUUACUUGAGCAGGAUUUUCGAUUUUGCAGAAGUGUCUGCAGCAUGAGCACUUGAUUCAGCAGCGGUCAGAGCAUCUUUGUUAGCUGGCUUCAUGAAUCGUGCUUAGAGUUUCUUUCGCUUGCCAUUCUGAACGGGGAGCAGCGUAUGAAUGAGCCAACUAGUCACUAUUGCUGACAGGAUACAUGACAGCGACAAUUUCAAUUGCAUCAUGAUCUCCAGUGAGGUCAGUCGCUGAGUUGACCUAGAAAUAUGCAGCUCAUAUAAAGACUAGUUGACCGGUCUGAGUUGCAAGGGAUGUAAACGGGUGAAAGUAUCCGUGGACCUCUGAUCUUUUGAAAAAGUCGUUUCUUUUUCCAACUCCCGCUGAGGGACCUCACCAAUGAAUCUCCCCGCACAGACAUGACGGCAGUCUGAUUAGUCACUCUUGUAGUCCUGUCUUGUAGAUGUUGACCCACCAAUGUUUUCUGCUCAAGGGUUGAAAUUGAGGGACUUGAGUCCUUGAGAGGUCGUCUGGAGGGAGUCCGUUGGGGUCGACCUUGGAGUAGGUAGAUGCUUAGCCAAAGCGCAUUAUGAUCAUAAGUGUUCUGUCAGAGCGCGACAGUUGGGCGCAAUUUCACCUUAAAACUCCGGGUCUGGGACUGAAGGCGAGUAAGCGAGCAGUAUUGUUCACAGCGAUGUGCGCGAACGAUGUGGCUGACUAAAGACUGGGCAUUGAUGAUUGCUUUAAUCGAUGUUAAUCGGCAAUCAAUCAGUGCUCAUUUCUAUUGCUCCUACACAUAGGUCUGAGACAUUGCAGAUGUCAGAAAGCUGUUAGCCUCAGUUCCUCUUUUUGCAACUGGUUGUGCUGUUCUGUAAACAGAGGAAUGAGAUCGCCAACUCCAUUCCAGACUAUCAAAGAUGUCCUCCACGACAGUUUGAAGUCUUGAAUGUUGAACCCAUGAAGAACAACUUAUGCUCCUAACGUUUUGAAUUGACUUCUGAUUCGAAUAGCUUGAGGUGAAGACUUUUGUUCAAUUUAAAGCGAGCUGCAUCCUGAGGUCCGUCUAAAUGGGUAUGUGAGUAUGCAGGCUGAUGACGGUGGAUUCAGUACGAGUUCACUACUGCUGAAUAAAUUGCAGAAACUGAACAAAGCAGAAAGUAUAGAUCUAAAGCUUUGUAAACCUCAGAUACAAUGAUGAUCCCAUCUAUGUUGUCGUGCGAACAGGCUGUGAACUACAAAAUUUAGUCUGACUCUGCAAAUCAUUCCAGGAAAUAACUUCUCAACGCCCAUUUGUAUUUCAAGACGGAGUUAUUGCAAUGAUAUUUUGCCAAAGCAAAAGGGCUAGCCCAAAGUCUUCUAUGAUAGAGGCUUUUCUGCACAUUAUCUCAGCGUGGGUCAGAAGUUUAGAGUGUCGUCUGUCAAACAUGCUCCAGUAGAAAGUCUGUGAGCGUAGCAGAGAUGUUAUUAUCUUCUCUUCUCUUGCGAAUGUUCCUAUCACUACCAGCAUUCUUUCUCCGGGCAACGGGUACGCGUUUGUUCAAGAGGUGCCUUCCCAGCAUGACAAGAAAAUAGGAAAAUAUAUUCUGACCUUGAAAUCUCGACUUCAAGACUUGGCAGGCUGAUAGUUUCUGCACUUUAUUUAAUCUUUUAUUCUUGCAGCUUGUUUCAGAGUGUGUGGUAAAACUCUCUAAUCACCCGUAUAUUGGGAGAAGGGCCGGCUACAGAAUUCAAUGACUUAACGAGAUUUCUGACAUCCGUUGCACUUAUUCGUGUACAACUCUUAGUUCAUAUUCUCUGGGAACCCUGCAGUAACGUGUUCGGAGGUGCUGCAAAUUACACUACGAUCAUUCUACGAUAUAUUGGGGAGUAAGACUUUAGACAAGAUUUCCUUUGCAGUGGACUGACGAGAAGUGCCCAUAGAAAAGGUGCCAGCAUCUAGAUUAACUAGGGCCACAUACGCUAAGCGCGCAAUUCCGCUCACCUAACUGGUCUCACGACAAUCCAGCUCCAACUGAUGUGGACUGCUGUGACAACUGAGCUCAUACAGAAAUUCUGCGGUUCGAAUUGACAUGUCAGGAAGGUAAACUUAUUCCUCUGUCCUGCUUCUCAGCACAGCUGGCGUCUCCUUCUCUUCAGCUAGCAUGCUUUUGCAAAUUAUGUGGCUCGUUCUGAAGCUCGUUCUAAACAAUCGACGAUCGAUCUGAUCUCUGUUCACAGAAAAUAGCUUUGUGAUAUCCGUUACGUAAAAGCCUCAUGAUCCCAAAACUCGCAUGUAGCACAUGCGAGUAAAGGAGACUUGAACAGGUACAUGGUUAUUGAAAGUGAUGAAAAGGUUGGGUACUCUACACACCUUUGGCAUAUUACUGUUGAUUGUGGGUAGGAUGGUUCAGCUGUUCUCGGCUAGGCUGACGAACACUGAGUAAGAGAGAACGGUCAGCCUGCGUACAGAAACACAGGGAAUUGCACGCUGACAUACUUUCACCCGAAACAAUUUCAACCUUGUUUUGAAAUACUGAUUUCUCAUUGUCAGAAACAUAACUGAGGCAUAUCCUCGUUGAAAAAAAGAAUUCAGAAGAGGAAUGAGAUUCUUGAAUCGCUUAUCCAAGUGUAGAAGUGUUCAUACUCCAAGGAUGACUUCGGAGCUUGGAAAAUGAAGAAGUACUCCAGUUGAGACGCUACUCAUCUAGUCAGUGGGAGCAAUUUGGUCAGCAUGGCACGACUGUAAUACUGUACGGUAUCGUACUGAAUGACCGACAUGGGCACCUCGUCAAUGUUGGCG